CUCUCACUGGAUUCGGAAAACCAAGCGGCUAAGGAGAGGGUUUCAGUCCAGAAAACCAGGCGUUCCAUCCUCGGAUGCUCCCUCCGCAGAGCAGUAGGAACCGCGAAGCGAGAGGCAGGAAACGCAGGAGUUGUGGGCGUGAGGCGAUGGGCGAACGCUUCCCAGGGUAAGACACGCAGUUUCGCGCUGGGGGGCUACGCGCGAGAGAAGCAGCAGCUGCACUGGCCGGGCACGGGCACCUGAAGCCCACGGGUGACGGGCUGCGCGGCUGGGACCCCGCACCGCGCGGCCCGCUCGCGGCAGGCACCCGCGCAUGCGCAGAGCCCAGAGCCGCGCGCGAUGCCCGGCCGCGGCUGACAGAACCAACCGCCCGGCCUCGCCCGGUGCCGGCUGCCGCCACCCUCACGCCAGCGCCGCGACCGGGCUCACGCUUGUCUCCUCCUCGCCGCUCAGGACCCCGCGGUCCCGUCAGGCCGCCGAGGGCUCGACGCCGACGGCGGCUGCGACGGCCCCGGAGGCGCGAGAGGCGCCGUGGUCGCGGCGGCGAUUGGCCGGCCGCGGCGCCUGCUCCCAUAAUGCAGCGCAUGGCGCGUCAUUGAAGAGAGACCAUGAUGGCGGCGGCGCUGGGGCCCCCAGAAGUGAUCGCUCAGCUGGAGAACGCGGCCAAAGUUCUGAUGGCACCACCUUCCAUGGUCAGUAAUGAACAACGCCAGCAUGCAGAGCACAUAUUCCUAUCAUUUAGGAAAUCCAAAUCACCAUUUGCAGUUUGCAGGCAUAUUUUGGAAACCAGUAAAGUGGACUAUGUCCUUUUUCAAGCUGCCACAGCCAUAAUGGAAGCGGUUGUCCGAGAGUGGGUUCUCUUGGAAAAAGGCAGCAUCGAGUCACUGCGAACAUUCCUCCUAACCUAUGUCUUGCAGAGGCCUAACCUCCAAAAGUAUGUUCGGGAGCAGAUUCUAUUAGCAGUAGCAGUGAUUGUAAAAAGAGGAUCAUUAGAUAAGUCAAUUGACUGCAAAAGCAUUUUCCAUGAAGUCAACCAAUUGAUAAGUAGUGGCAAUCCCACUGUGCAAACUCUGGCCUGUUCUAUUCUAACUGCUCUGUUGAGUGAAUUCUCAAGUUCAAGUAAAACUAGCAACAUUGGACUGAGUAUGGAAUUCCACGGUAACUGCAAACGAGUCUUUCAGGAAGAAGACCUUCGCCAGAUCUUCAUGUUAACGGUUGGAGUUCUGCAGGAGUUCAGCAGGCGGGAGAACCUCAGUGCUCAGAUGUCCUCAGUGUUUCAGCGGUACCUUGCACUUGCCAACCAAGUCCUGAGCUGGAAUUUUCUCCCUCCAAAUUUGGGCAGACAUUAUAUAGCUAUGUUUGAAUCCUCACAAAAUGUGCUGUUGAAGCCAACAGAGUCCUGGCGGGAGACUCUUCUGGACAGCAGAGUUAUGGAGCUUUUCUUCACAGUACAUCGAAAAAUCAGAGAAGAUUCAGAUAUGGCACAGGAUUCUCUGCAGUGCCUUGCCCAGUUAGCUUCUCUGCAUGGACCCAUCUUCCCCGAUGAAGGAUCCCAGGUUGAUUAUCUGGCACAUUUCAUUGAGGGUUUGCUGAGCACGAUCAACGGAAUUGAGAUAGAAGACUCUGAAGCUGUGGGGAUCUCCAGCAUUAUUAGCAAUCUGAUAACUGUGUUCCCUCGGAAUGUUUUAACUGCCAUCCCCAGUGAACUUUUCUCCUCCUUUGUUAACUGCCUCACACACCUCACUUGUUCUUUUGGGCGGAGUGCUGCGUUAGAAGAAGUGCUUGAUAAGGAUGACAUGGUAUACAUGGAAGCAUAUGAUAAAUUGCUGGAGUCCUGGCUAACUUUGGUCCAAGAUGACAAGCAUUUCCAUAAAGGCUUUUUUACACAACAUGCAGUUCAAGUUUUCAAUUCUUAUAUUCAGUGUCACCUUGCUGCUCCAGAUGGCACGAGGAAUUUGACUGCCAAUGGUGUGGCCUCUCGAGAGGAAGAGGAAAUAAGUGAACUCCAAGAAGAUGAUCGAGAUCAGUUUUCUGACCAACUAGCCAGUGUAGGAAUGCUGGGAAGAAUUGCUGCUGAACACUGUAUGCCUCUUCUGACAAGUUUAUUAGAAGAAAGGGUAACAAGACUCCAUGGUCAGUUACAACGACAUCAGCAACAAUUACUUGCUUCACCUGGAUCAAGCACCAUUGACAACAAAAUGCUUGAUGAUCUCUAUGAAGAUAUCCACUGGCUUAUUUUAGUUACAGGCUACCUCUUAGCUGAUGAUACUCAGGGAGAGACUCCGCUAAUACCUCCAGAAAUAAUGGAAUAUUCCAUUAAGCAUUCAUCUGAAGUUGACAUUAAUACAACACUUCAAAUUUUGGGAUCUCCAGGAGAAAAGGCUUCUUCCAUCCCAGGGUACAGCAGAACAGAUUCUGUGAUUAGGCUGUUGUCUGCUGUGCUAAGAGUCUCAGAAGUUGAAUCUCGAGCAAUAAGAGCAGACCUCACCCAUCUACUAAGUCCUCAAAUGGGCAAAGACAUCGUUUGGUUUCUAAAACGCUGGGCCAAGACUUACCUCCUGGUAGAUGAAAAACUGUAUGAUCAGAUAAGUUUGCCAUUGAGCACAGCAUUUGGAGCAGAUACAGAAGGUUCCCAGUGGAUUAUCGGCUACCUCUUACAGAAAGUCAUAAGUAAUCUGUCAGUCUGGAGUAGUGAGCAGGACCUUGCGAAUGAUACUGUGCAGCUCCUUGUCACUCUGGUGGAAAGAAGAGAAAGGGCAAACUUAGUAAUUCAGUGUGAAAACUGGUGGAACCUAGCAAAGCAGUUUGCAAGCCGAAACCCACCUCUUAAUUUCUUGUCAAGUCCAGUGCAGAGGACACUGAUGAAGGCCCUGGUCUUAGGAGGAUUUGCACAUAUGGACACAGAAACCAAGCAGCAGUAUUGGACGGAGGUUCUGCAGCCUCUGCAGCAGCGAUUCCUGAGAGUGAUAAACCAAGAGAAUUUUCAGCAGAUGUGUCAGCAGGAGGAAGUCAAGCAGGAGAUCACUGCCACGCUGGAGGCCCUGUGUGGCAUUGCUGAGGCCACUCAGAUCGACAAUGUAGCCAUUCUUUUUAAUUUUUUAAUGGACUUCCUUAACAAUUGCAUUGGGUUAAUGGAAGUAUACAAAAAUACUCCAGAAACUGUCAAUCUCAUUAUAGAAGUUUUUGUUGAAGUUGCACAUAAACAGAUAUGCUAUCUUGGAGAGUCCAAAGCUAUGCAUUUAUAUGAAGCCUGCCUUACUUUGUUGCAAGUAUAUUCUAAGAAUAAUUUAGGGCGGCAAAGGAUAGAUGUUACAGCAGAAGAAGAGCAGUACCAGGACCUGCUUCUUAUUAUGGAGCUUCUCACCAACCUUCUCUCAAAGGAGUUCAUAGACUUCAGUGACACAGAUGAAGUGUUUAGAGGACACGAGCCAGGACAAGCAGCGGGCAGAUCUGUGUCAGCAGCUGAUGUCGUCUUAUAUGGAGUGAACCUUAUUCUGCCCUUAAUGUCACAAGAUCUUUUGAAGUUUCCAACCCUUUGUAAUCAAUAUUACAAAUUGAUCACAUUUAUUUGUGAGAUUUUUCCUGAAAAAAUACCCCAGCUUCCUGAGGAUCUGUUUAAGAGUCUGAUGUAUUCCCUAGAACUAGGAAUGACAUCAAUGAGUUCGGAAGUAUGCCAGCUCUGUCUUGAGGCCUUGACACCAUUAGCUGAACAGUGUGCUAAAGCACAAGAAACGGAUUCACCACUCUUUGUAGCAACUCGGCAUUUCCUUAAGCUGGUUUUUGAUAUGCUGGUCUUGCAAAAGCACAACACGGAGAUGACUACUGCAGCAGGAGAAGCUUUCUACACAUUGGUGUGUUUGCACCAGGCUGAGUAUUCUGAACUGGUUGAGACAUUACUGUCAAGUCAACAAGACCCAGUCAUUUACCAGAGAUUAGCAGAUGCCUUCAACAAGCUCACUGCAAGCAGCACUCCUCCUACCCUGGAUCGGAAGCAGAAGAUGGCCUUCCUAAAGAGUUUAGAAGAAUUUAUGGCAAAUGUUGGUGGUCUCCUUUGUGUAAAAUAAACAACAGAGCUAUAUGCUUAACUUAGAUCCUUUCUGCAAAGUGCACUGAAUUGCUGAAAGUUGACUUGAGUCUUGUCCUGUUCCUCAGUUCAUUUGACCAUUUUGGAUUUUGGAGAGCCUGAGACUUUGACGUGGAGAUGGUGAAACAGGAGAGGUCAACUUGAGAUCAGCUUCUGUCAUUAGGUGUUGGCCAUGAUCUGCCAUAUACUUGUCUUCUAGAUUCUGAAUGGUGAUUUAAAUUUUUCAAAAUGCAAUUCUGUAUAUGUGCAUACAGAUAUGGGCACCAUGAAAUUCAUAUUCAGUGCCUUUUCCCCUUUUAUCAAAGCAUAGAUGGCUAGCCAAAGUUGAUAUGUUCUUGGCGUUAUUUUUCAAAAUGUCUCCCUCAUCACUUGAGCUGGUUGUAGGAAUGGAUUCUUGGGCCCUGCUGUGCAUCAUCAAAAUAUUUGGUUGUUAGACUCUGCAGUCUUUAUUUUAGUAAGCUCCCACCCCCACCGUUACCCUCAAAGUUUUGAAUCAAUGCAAGAGAUGCUAUAAGAGAUUUUGUGCUUUCCAACGUUUCCUUCCUUCAGUGAUUAUGCAGGAAGAAAAGUCAUCACCAAGUGUUUGUUAGUUUCACAGUUCAUCUUUUCCCUGCUUCCUCACUUCCUUCCCUUUCAUCCUCAGUGUUGCAGGUUUUGUAUAAUUAUUGCAGGUUUCUAAUCAGACUGUGAUGCCUGAACUUGAGGAAAAAGUGUGUAUAUUUUUGUUCCAUAAGAAUAACUUUAGGAACUGUAGCCAUUUCAUUGCCUUAAUUUUAAGAGGAAAAGAGAAACCAGAUUUGUUUUAGAGCAAAAUUAAGCCUUGACACUUAAGAGUUGGCUUAGGGUAUUAGCUGCUAUGAACCUCUUGCCCCUUUGAUUAUGUAUUUAUGUGAGUUUAUCAGUGAAAUGAAAGGAGCAUCCCUGUGUGGUUACCUUUCUCAGUGUGUUUCUGUCCAGCCACACAGCCCAUAUCUAUUCUGAAUGGCUUGCUUAAGCAAUAACUUUUUACUAAUUGCAUAGACUAUUGCACAUUGGGGCAUUAGGGGCAAUAAUUAUGCUAAAGUGGGUGUUCUCCUCAUGUCACAGGAGCCACACUAAUUCAAUUUCAAAGACUAAAAAUUUAACCUUAGCUAGGCAUGGUGGCACAUGCCUAUAUUCCUAGCAUUUAGGAAGCUGAGUGUGAUGGCCAGGCUAGUCUAGGGACAAAGUAUGAUCCGUCUUUUAAAAAGAGAAAAAUUCACUUUAGAUUCUCUGGCUUUUCUAAUCAGGAUUUUUAUACUGCUGCCGUGUUCCUCUUAAUUUUUGUGCCUGCUUUAAUUAUUGAAAGGAAAGCUCAUUUAUACACAGCAGGCCUCUGACAUGCCCACUGCUGAACCAGGCACACAGCGCAGUGGCAACAAGAGGUCUCUACCCAGGUGCAUCUGAGACUGCCGUGGAGGGGCAGGCUCCUCUGCUGACCUUUACACCUCUCUGCUAAAGCAUCCAGCAGGUACUGGCCUCCUGCCUGAGCUGCACAGUGUGUGCAUCUUAACAGAUGAUGCUCUGGGAAGUUUGAGUAAUGUAUAAACAGAGCAUCUAAACUCCAUCCCCCCGUACAUGUGACGGUAGGUGUGCACAGAUACAAAGCUGAGGGCCAUGAGUUUAUUGAGAAUCCUUUAUUGGCCACCAUUUAGUAACAGUAAGUACGGAGAGAAAAAAUCUAAAUAUUGCAAAGAAGAAAAACAAUAUUCCUUUAACUACAUGCUUUCUAUUUUAAAUACUUGGAAAGGUUGUUUUUAGAUCUUUUUUUCCUCUUUACUUGAAGUGAUCUGCAGCAGCAGUCACUCUGUUCUCUCGUUCUUGAUGUCUGUAUUUCCUCAGCAGGUGUUGUUUGUGUGUACCUGUGUGUGUGAAGGGUAUGAGCCUUUUGCCAGAAGGCCCUAAGAUGCAACCGAAUAGAUAGGUCACUGCCAGGACAGAGCAGUUACCAAAUUUAAGUAGACAUGUGUAUGAAUGCUUUGGUAAAUAACCAGGCAUCUUCUAUGUAUAAUAACUUCUAUUCAGACAGAACUAUAUUUAUUAAAUUUGCCCAGAUCCUGGUAUGAUGCUCCAACUCUGUUACACCACUUUUAAUUGAAGGAAGACUUAUUUUAGAUUGGACCAAAUAAUGCUCAAAUGAUCACCAGAAUGUUGAUUAGUGGCAAACUGAGGCUAAAAAGACACCGCCAUAUUUUAGAUAAUGGGACUGCCACUUCUUGUACCACCUAGACAUUUCAGGGUGUUUGUCUAUUUUGUUUGCUUUAUUCAGUGUUUAGUGUGUUUUAUUUUGCCCAGUUUUGUUUUUAGCUUUGUUUACUAGGGCAUCGUGAACUUCUGACCUUUAUAAAGGCUCCACUUUCUUGAUGCUCUUGCUCCAGCGAGUGUUGAGGCCACUGAAUUCAUGCUCAAGAGCUAGUUUUUCAAAUUAAAACUGACUGUUAAGUUGUUGAAAAUAUUUUUGAAACAAAAGCUAUAUGUGCCCUUUUUAAAAUACGUAUUGAAAGGACACUUGUUAAGUAUUUGAUUUUUUUCAAUUUUUGUGUUAAAUUUCAUUUGUUCAUAGAGUAUCUUUUAGCCUCUAUUUUUUCAAUACUUUUGUUACUUUGCCUCAUUUUAUGCUUACUCACCAUUGUUUCCCAGGGCACGAUCACUAAGUAAUCACACAGUCACUAGGGAGGCUGCGUGCCAACAGUGGUGCUCGUGUAACAGCUCCUGCCACUGAGCUCUUGUAGGGCUCUGGAAAGGGUAGGGAUGGAUGUCUUUGUGUUGGGUUGGUGGCUCUCUGGAUAGCUCAGCUAAUUGAUAGGAUUUGACAGUGUCCUUUCCAACAUAGUAGCUGACUCUUAUUCUGGUGGAAGACUGUUAUGUCAACAUGACUGCACUGUUUUUGUUGGGUACAAAUGACAUUUUGUGUAUACUUUGUAAUUUUUACCCCAAACUUAACUUUAAAACUUCAGAUUUAUUAUAUGGAAAAAUAUCUCUUACUCUGUUCAGAUGAGUUAAUUACUACUCUGUCACAGUUUUACCCAAAAACUAAACAGAUACAGUUUUCAACACUUUUUUGAAGCUCCUUCUGUAUAGUCAACCUAUCUUUUGUUUGUUAAUAAUUGUACCAGUCCCUCGAGGACUGAAGGGAAGCUAGCUGUCAGUUUUGAGUAUUUCGGGCCAGAGUCUCUUAGGGGAUAGAUAGUGUUGAUUGAACCCUGAAAAUAUUUUUCUUACAUUUUUACAUAUAUUUUGUUUGUUAUCUCUGUUAUUAGAGGUAAUUGUCAUUGGCCCUUCCUAAGUUAAGCUGUCUUACAAGUAAUUAUCAAUAUUGGUUUCUGAAUAAAACAUGUAGCGUUUCAAGUCCAAAGGAACUGCAGUGUUAUGCAGGGGUGUCUUUUUUUUUUUUUUUAAGGAAGAGUAAUGAACUUAUUUGGAUAGGAGGUUUUUAAUAUUAUAAUUUUCUACAAAAGUUCCCACAGGAUAACAGAGAUGAUUUGGGGAUGUAAUAGUAUUUUAAAUUAUUUGAAAAUGUAAGUAUAUGUUCUCUUGACUUUUUCUGAAACACUGCAUUUCUUUAAAACUUGGCUUUCUAGAAUUAGAAAGAAAAAAAAUAUCCAAAUUAGACAUCUUGUUGCAUUUAAGUUUAUUUAAAGGGCCGUGGCUCAGGUUGAAUUUCAUUUUACUUUCUGCAUAAGAACUGUGGCAUCUUCCCGGGUGAUUAUAAUGGGAAACCAUGACAUUUGUAGCCAAAGAAUAUAUUUGGUUCAGGUAAAACUAGAAGAUUAAUAAUGGACAUUCAUUUUGUUACUUUUGAAGAUGGAUGAAGAGAUGUUUCUAUUGUGUAGAUGUGUAUGUGGAGUCUGUGAAGACUGAGGUCUUCAGCUGUGGUGGUGAUUCCCGCCUGCAGAGUGGGAGGUGUGUGGCUGGCAUUUGGCAGCUCCCUGACCCACUGUGGCCUGUUCUUCACCUGUUUCCAGAACUUCCCAGUCGUGGGAUGAUUUGGAUUUCUUGUCCUGUCUGCAUUUUAGGCCUCUUAGCUAUUAGGAGCUGUCAGGUGUGUUCUGGCAGCAAAUUACCCUAGCUUGAAGUAAUUUACCAUGUCUGCACUAUGUACCUACUGGGGGUGGGGGUGGGGAAUCUGACCUCAAGUGUGCUCUGAGCCCAGGUUUCCUGGUAUGGUGUCUUUUACCACGAAAUUAUGACAAAUUGCAAAUCCUGGUAUCGUGAUCUUAUUCUCUGUAUAAAGAAAGAAGCUCUAUGCAGUGAGCUGUGGUUUAGUGGUCACAGAAUGUCAGCACUGCUAUCAUUCAGCACGUGUAACAUUUUUACAUUUAUAAAGAUUAAACUUUUAAACUUACA